CCAUCGAAGUCCGGACCCACCAUUCUUGAUUAUGUGUGCACGCUGCCAGGCUGAGAAAGGAAGCGCGGCACCUGCUUGGCCCAUUGUGUUACCAGGGAGGGCUGCGAGCUCUUAUAAAAGCGCCGCCCUCAGAUGUCGCCAUUCCACUCACGGAUCACGACAACCACCGCCUCGCCGGAUUUCAGCCCUAGGACCGGACUUGAGCAACUGACGUUACAUCAUGGGGGCCGCCAAAUUACCCGAAACAUCGGUUCUCGCUUCCGAGCAGGAGGCGCGCAUUCCCAAAUCCGACGACGACACUGCGAUUUGGAGUCUCCGCCAUAUCCAGAUCCUCUGGUCCUGGGCUGCUCGACCAAAGCCAGUUCUCCCAAAAUACCCCCCGAUUUCCUCUAUUCCCCGCACCUCUGCCGCUCGGCUUUCCAAACCCGACGUCGCUCCGACACCGUUUCCAAGCGAACCGAUACUUGCGAAAGCCUUCAACCAAAAUGCGCCCGUCAAGCCCAAAACCGUCCUCUAUCUCGCCUAUGGCUCAAACAUGUGUGCCGAGACGUUUCUCGGUAUGCGUGGCAUCCGUCCCCUAAGUCAAGUCAACGUUGCAGCGCCGUCGCUGGAUUUGACGUUUGACCUUCCGGGCAUCCCCUACCGCGAGCCCUGCUUCGCCAACACUGCGCUCCGAAAGAUCCCCGGCACCCCGCCGAAGUUCCCGCCAGAGCUCCCCCACCCGCCGAUCGGCCCGCCAGCUGCGCAACAUGAAGACGGGGCGGAUAGUCGGAACGGGCCCGCGCGCCGCCCACCAGUCUGGAACAAAGGCCUGUACGGGAUAGUCUACGAAGUCACGGCGGAAGACUACGCCAAGAUCGUCGCGACGGAGGGCGGCGGCGCAAGCUACCACGACAUCCUCGUACCGUGCCUGGCCCUCCCGCCGAGCGUGCGCGUGCCCGAGAAGCCGACCAUCCCCGCGCCCCCGACACCCUUCCUCGCGCACACCCUGUACGCGCCGCGCAUCCCCGACAUGCCCGACACCGCCAAUGGCACCACCACCACCACCAAAAAGGACGGUGACGACGACGACGACGACGGCACCCCACGGACCCCGCCCAGCUGGCUCCGCCGGCUGCUCACCCCGGUCCGACGGCCGCAGCCCGACUACGCGCAGCCGUCGGCGCGGUACCUCAAGCUGCUGGCGGACGGGGCGCGCGAGCACGAGCUGCCGCACGAGUACCAGGCGUACCUGGCCUCGCUGCAGCCCUACACGCGGACGACUCCGCGGCAGCGGUGGGGCCAGGGCCUGUUCCUGGGCUUCUGGGCGCCCACCAUCAUCCUGCUGAUGAUGGCCGGGCGGUGGUUCGCCGACGGGCGCGGCCGGUCGCCGCCGUGGGUGGUGGCGGCCACGACGGUCAUGUUCAACCUGGUGUGGUUGAGCUAUGACUGUGUGGGGAAGAAGUUGUUUGGGGAUGGGGAGAGGACUGAGGAGGGCGAGGACGAGACGGAGGAAGAGGUAGUGAAGACUGUGAAGGGAAGGAGGGCAAGUUUUGCGAGCGGAUUGAGGGGCAAGGGCGAGGUGGGUGACGAGGAGAAAAGAGCGCUGCUGGAUGAGUACUGAUGGGAAACGGGGUGGCGGGGAAGGCUGCGUUUUAGGCGGAUACCAUUUCAUUACGUUAAUUUCACGGCGGGAUAUCCG